GGUACAUUUGUCUUUUUGUAUCCCUCCAUUUUCAUUCACUAUAUAAAUUUGUUACUACACUAUGUUAUUAAGCUUCUUUGUCAAGUUCUUUGUUCCAAGGAGCAUAUAAACAUUUGCUUGUAACACCAAAAAAAAAGCACAAAAAAAAUUUUGAAAGCUGGAGAAAGUAAGAGAAUCAUCAUGCCUUAUUCUUUUGUUGCAUCAAAUCUUAAGCUCUUAAAGCUAACAACAUGGGAUCAGCUGAUAUCCCCCUGUUUAUUGGAAGAAAUCAGCAUAUUUCUGCUGUUGGGAUUCUAUGGGAUUUUACUGUUAUACUUCAUCAGAAAAAUGGUGCUUACAGUGCGCAGAUACACAGCAAAAACAGCAGAAAAGGAUGCAGAAAUGUACCGCGAUGAUGCAAGACUAAGCAUUUGUUCGAAAGUCAGUGUUAUUUCAUCGAUUUCACUUUUGGGUGUGCACUCGACUUCUCUAAUCUUGCUGAUGCAAGAAAGCAAUACUCCGUGCAAUCAAUCUCUUCCCGCUCUGUCAGCUGAAGUUUUGCAAGUUAUAUCAUGGAUAAUCACGAUGAUUGUAUUAUGCAAGUUUUUAACGAAAAAUUACCUGAUUUUUCCCGGAGUUUUGAGACUCUGGUGGGUGUGCAGCUUCUUGAUCUCAGCUUGUCGUAUUGCCAUCGAUUCUCAUUUCAUUGCGGGAAAUCAUGGUCAGCUUAGAAUACAAGACUGUGCAGAUUUCCUCGGCCUUCUUGCAUCAGUCAGCCUGUUGGUGAUUUCAAUCCGAGGAAAGAUGAGAAUCGUGCAUGAUGAUGCACGAAACAGCUUGACUGAACCACUUGUCGAGGGAAAAACCGAGAAACAUCCCAAGGGAAAAUGUGAAUCACUUUACAGUAAAGCAACUUUUCUCGAUCUUGUUACGUUUUCAUGGCUCAAUCCAUUGUUUGUGAUCGGGAAAAAGAAGCCACUCGAAAUGGAUGAAAUCCCGGAUAUUGAUGUGCACGAUUCUGCUGCUUACCUAUCCCAUUGCUUUGACGAGGGCCUAAAACGAGUCAAGGAGGAAACCGGCACCAGCAAUCCUUCCGUGUACAAGGCAAUAUACCAUUUAGCAUGGAAGAAAGCUGCGGUAAAUGCCAUGUUUGCUGUAAUAUGCGCAUUCGCUUCAUAUGUGGGUCCAUACCUAAUCAACGAUUUUGUCGACUUCCUCAGUGACAAGAAACACCACAGCCUAAAAACAGGCUACCUACUUGCUGUCGCCUUUCUCGGGGCCAAAAUGGUGGAGACGAUAGCGCAGAGGCAAUGGAUCUUUGGGGCCCGCCAGCUGGGGCUCCGCCUUAGAGCUGCGCUUAUAGCUCAUAUAUAUCGAAAAGGCUUAGUUUUGUCGUGUCAAGCUAGGCAGGGUCAUACGAGUGGAGAGAUAAUCAACUACAUGAGUGUCGAUGUUCAACGAAUAUCAGAUUUCGUAUGGUAUGUAAACACAUUAUGGAUGUUACCGAUACAAAUAUCAUUAGCAAUCUAUGUUUUGCAUACAAAUCUCGGCUUGGGGGCAAUUGCAGGAUUGGGUGCGACUUUGGUAGUUAUGUCUUGCAAUAUACCGCUAACCAGAACGCAGAAAAGAUAUCAGUCGAGAAUUAUGGAAGCUAAGGAUGCUCGGAUGAAGGCAACCUCAGAAGUGUUACGUAACAUGAAAACGAUUAAACUUCAAGCGUGGGACGAACGGUUUCGUCAAAAGCUACAAAGCUUGAGAAAUAUAGAAUCUUGUUGGAUAUGGAAGUCCUUGAGAUUAGGGGCUAUUGGAGCCUUCAUUUUUUGGGGUUCACCGACUUUUAUUUCUAUAGUGACUUUUGGAGCGUGUCUUUUGAUGGGAAUUCCGCUCACAGCAGGAAGCGUUUUAUCAGCAUUAGCAACCUUCCGGAUGUUGCAGGAUCCCAUAUUUAGUCUUCCCGACUUGCUCAAUGUUAUUGCGCAAGCGAAAGUAUCUGCCGAUAGGGUGUCAUUUUACCUCCAAGAAGAAGAAAUUCAGCAAGAUGCAGUCGAGUUCGUUUCUAAAGAUGAAACACCGUAUGCUAUACACAUAGACGAAGGGAAAUUCAGCUGGAAUCCUAGUUCGGAAACUCCUACCCUUGAUGGCGUAAACUUGAAGGUUACAAGGGGGAUGAAAGUAGCGAUUUGUGGGACUGUCGGUUCAGGAAAAUCGAGCUUGCUCUCAGGUAUUAUAGGAGAAAUUCCUAAGAUUUCCGGCACUCUAAAGCUCAGUGGUUCCAAGGCCUAUGUACCACAAACCCCAUGGAUAUUAACAGGAAACAUUCGAGAUAAUAUACUCUUUGGGAAUCCUUACGAUGCUGCUAAGUACAACGCAACAGUUGAGGCGUGUGCUUUGUUAAAAGAUUUUGAGCUAUUCUCGCAGGGCGACUUAACAGAAAUCGGUGAAAGAGGUAUUAAUAUGAGUGGGGGUCAGAAACAAAGGAUACAAAUCGCUCGAGCAGUGUACCAAGAUGCGGAUAUAUAUUUGCUCGAUGAUCCUUUUAGUGCUGUUGACGCGCAUACAGGCACACAACUAUUUCAGGAAUGUCUGAUGGGCGUUCUAAGAGACAAGACCAUCUUUUAUGUGACGCAUCAAGUCGAGUUUCUACCAGCUGCGGAUUUAAUUCUGGUUAUGCAGGAAGGGAGAAUAGCACAAGCGGGAAGUUUUAACGAACUCUUGAAACAGAAUAUUGGGUUUGAGACUCUCGUUGGCGCUCAUAGCCAAGCACUAGAAUCUGUUCUUACAGUCGAGGGUACUUCUAGAAAAACUUGUCAAAUUGGUUCAGUACAAAAUGUUGAUUCAAGUGCAGAACAAAUUCAAACAAAGGAUGAAGGCGGCGAUGAAAACCUUUCACCCGAAAUGAAAGAGAAGGAAGGGAAGUUGAUACAGGAUGAAGAACGAGAGAAAGGAAGUAUCGGAAAAGAAGUAUAUUGGGCGUAUCUAACCAUUGUAAAAGGCGGUAUUUUGGUUCCGAUUAUAGUUUUAGCUCAGACAUCUUUUCAAGUGUUGCAGAUAGCUAGUAAUUAUUGGAUGGCAUGGGCUUGUCCAACAUCAGGAAAUGAUACAACACCUAUAGUUGGGAUGGAUCAUGUGUUACUAGUAUAUUCCCUUCUUUCUGUCGGGAGUUCCCUAGGCGUCUUAGUACGUUCAACGGUAUCAGCAAAAUCCGGCAUACUUACUGCACAAAAGCUCUUUGAGAGAAUGCUACAUAGUGUCUUACGAGCUCCAAUGUCGUUUUUUGAUUCAACUCCGACUGGAAGAAUACUUAAUCGGGCAUCAUCAGAUCAAAGUGUAUUGGACUUGGAAAUGACACAAAGACUAGGAUGGGCAGCGUUCUCAAUGAUCCAGCUUCUCGGAACCAUAGCAGUCAUGUCACAAGUAGCAUGGGAAGUGUUUGUCAUCUUCAUUCCGGUAACAGCAAUCUGCAUAUGGUACAAGCAAUAUUACAUACCAACCGCAAGGGAACUAGCACGGAUUUCUGAAAUACAAAAGGCUCCGAUCCUCCAUCAUUUCGGAGAAUCACUUUCAGGGGCAGCAACCAUACGUGCAUUCGACCAAAAGGAUCGUUUUGUCGAUGCAAACCUUAUAUUAGUAGACAGAUUUUCAAAACCAUGGUUUCACAAUGUAUCAGCAAUGGAAUGGCUCUCAUUCAGGCUUAAUCAACUAUCUAAUUUUGUGUUUGCAUUUUCUUUGGUGCUGCUAGUAUCUCUUCCUGAUGGAAUUAUAAGCGCAAGCAUUGCAGGUCUGGCAGUGACAUAUGGUAUAAACCUAAAUGUCCAACAAGCUUCAGUCAUAUGGAAUAUAUGCAAUGCAGAAAAUAAAAUGAUAUCAGUGGAAAGGGUACUUCAGUACACAAAGCUUACUAGUGAAGCUCCUCUGAUCAUUGACGACUGCAGACCACCUAAAAAUUGGCCGACUACAGGAACAAUUUCUUUCCAUAACUUGCAGAUACGAUAUGCUGAGCAUCUUCCCUCGGUCCUGAAAAACAUUACGUGCACAUUCCCUGGACGGAAGAAGAUUGGUGUCGUAGGAAGAACAGGCAGUGGAAAAUCAACACUUAUACAAGCUAUAUUUCGCAUUGUCGAACCAAGGGAAGGGAGCAUCAUAAUUGAUGGUGUAGAUAUAUGCAAGAUAGGUCUUCAUGACUUGAGAUCAAGGCUCAGCAUUAUCCCCCAAGAUCCAACCAUGUUUGACGGCACAGUUAGAGGAAACCUCGACCCACUUCAACAAUACUCCGACAGCGACAUAUGGGAGGCCCUCGACAAAUGCCAAUUAAGAGAUAUCGUAAGAGCAAAGGAAGGAAGGUUGGAGUGCACAGUGGUUGAAAACGGAGAAAACUGGAGCGUUGGUCAGAGACAAUUGUUCUGUCUAGGACGAGCAUUGCUUAAACGUAGUAGCAUAUUGGUUUUAGAUGAAGCAACUGCAUCAGUUGAUUCAGCUACUGACAGUGUAAUCCAAAAAAUUAUCAACCAAGAAUUCAAGGAUCGAACGAUAGUCACAAUAGCUCACAGAAUACACACAGUUGUAGACAGCGAUCUUGUGCUUGUUCUUAGUGAUGGAAGGAUUGCGGAAUAUGAUUCGCCAUCAAAGCUCCUAGAGCGGGAAGAUUCAUUUUUCUUAAGCUUGGUUAGAGAGUACUCGGCAAGGUCACAGAGUUUCAACAGCUUGGCAAAACUCGAAGGCUGAUAUCAUGAAGUUAUAACAUAAAACGAAAAGGAAAGGAAAGGAUGGCAUAUUUACGAAGACAUUACAAUGAUCGCGCUACCUAAGGAUAACGAAAAACGCUAAGAGAUUAUGCUAUAUAUUAGCUUCGUAUCGCUCUCCUUAGCACCAAGCACCAAUUCUUCCACAAUUCAAAGGUAGCAAGAGAAUCAAUGCAUCAAAAGUUAUGCACAAGUGCUCCUUUUUUUGUUAUUUAACUGCCUUUUAGUAGCUAUGUAACAAAUAUACUCUCCUUGAGCGCUCGAGCAAUGUUAAAGCAUGAUGAUCAAACUUAAUAGUCCAAUUGUUAAGCAAUUUUUGACAUUACUACUGUUAUGAAUGGUGUGACUUGAGUGUACAAUUGAUGUAUGCAUUCAUAUGUGUAAGUGAUGGGAUGGAAUCCUAUGGGAUUGAAAUUAAGUUAGUAACUUAAUGAUUAUGGUGUUUAAGUGUGAUUUAUUAGUUGAAGUACUCAUGGGAGUUAUGGGUCUUGAUGCUGUUUAAUGAAGAAGUGCAAAAGUUUUUUGAAGAUGCUUUGCUCGAGCAGAAACUGACAGAAAGCAUACUGAAGGUCGCUCGGCCAGCUCGCUCGACCGAGCGUGCUCCUGAGUGGGUCGAGCGAACAAACAGAAUACUUUUAGUAGCUUGUUGUAGCCCGAUCAACCGAGUGAGCCUCUGUUUUGGUCGAGCGAAUCUUCUGCCGAUUCAUAGGUUGCUAUUUUCGUCCCUUUAACUUCUUGGAGCUGUUUCAAAGUGCUUAAUACUCAGAAUUAAGGUUGUAAUCUCAUUGAAUGUACUUAGGGGCUGUUUGUUUGGGUGUAAUAAUCAAAGGGAAAGGGAAUGGACAGACCCAAUUCUCUUUUUUGU